AUGGCGGCCGCCAAGCUGAUGGACCAGGGUCAGGGCUGCAUCACCUUUGAGGACGUGGCCAUUUACUUCUCCCAGGAGGAGUGGGGGCUCCUUGACGAGGCGCAGAGGAUCCUGUACAACGAUGUGAUGCUGGAGAACUUCGCAGUCAUCGCAUCUCUGGGGCGUUGGCAUGAGGUAGAGGAGGAGAAGGCGUCUUUUGAGCAGAGUGUUUCUAUAGAAGGACUAUCACAAGCCAGGACUCCACAGAUCGUUCCAGCCACCCAGAAGACUCACUACUGGGAGAUGUGUGUCCCUGUCUUCAGAGACGUUGUGGCUGAGGUUGGGAAGGACUACCCAAUCCCAUCAUCCCUUCUCCACUAUCAGCCCAUCUCCAGCUUUGAGAAGACCCCCAACAGCGCUCAGUGUGGGGAGGCCUUCCUCAGUGGAGCAGGUUGUUACAAGGGUGGAGACUGCGGGAAAGCUUUGAGCCGAGAGCACACACUUGGUCACCACCAGGGUCUGUCUCAGGAUAGCAGAUGGCGGAAGGCUACCGGCUACAAUUACCGACGUGCUCAGCAGCAGCAGAUUCGCCUUGGAGAAAGGCUGUAUAUGUGUGGUGAGUGUGGGAAAACCUUUACUCACCACUCGUCCGUCAGUCGACACCGGAGAAUUCACACUGGCGAAAGGCCGUACGAAUGCAGUGAGUGUGGGAAGACCUUCACGCAUCACUCCUCCCUCAGUAGACACCAGAGGAUUCACACUGGCGGAAAAACGUACGCGUGCAGUGAGUGUGGCAAGUCCUUUAUUCGAAGUUGCAGCCUCAUUCAGCACCAGAGGCUCCACACAGGAGCCAAGCCUUACGAAUGUGUGGAAUGCGGGAAAACCUUUAGUGAAAACUCCACUCUGAUCCAACACCGCCGAGUCCACACCGGGGAAAGGCCGUAUGAGUGCAGCGAAUGUGGCAAGUUCUUUAGCCGGAGCUCGACCCUCAGUCAGCACCGGAGGUCUCACACUGGAGACAGACCCUAUAAGUGCAGUGAGUGUGAGAAAUCCUUUCGCCAAAGAUCUGGACUCAUUCAGCACCAGAGGAGUCACAUAGGAGUAAAACCUUAUGUGUGUGACGAGUGUGGCAAACCCUUUAGCCAAAGCUCUGGCCUCAUUCAGCACCGCAGAGUCCACACUGGGGAAAAGCCUUAUGCAUGCAGCAAAUGUGGGAAAUGCUUUCGACAGAGUUCCGCCCUCCGCCAACACCAGACAGUCCACACCGGAGAGAGGCCUUACGAGUGUGGUGAAUGUGGGAAAUGCUUUAGCCACAACUCCGGACUUAAUAAACAUUGGCGAAGUCACACUGGAGUAAACCUGUAUAUAUGUGGUGAAUGUGGGAAAUCCUUUAGUCACAUUUCCAUCCUUUCACAGCACGAGAAGAUUCACAGGACCAAAGAGUUCACGGGAACCAGGCCAUAUGAGUGUGGUGAAUAUGGGAAAUCCUUUAGCCGAAGUUCCAGCCUCGUUCAACAUAAGAGGAUUCACACUGGAGAAAGGCCUUAUGAGUGCAGUCAAUGUGGGAAAUCUUUUAGCCAGAGCUCAACCCUCAGUCAGCACCAGAGGUCUCACACUGGAGACAGGCCCUAUAAAUGCAGUGAGUGUGAGAAAUCCUUUCACCAAAGAUCUGGGCUCAUUCAGCACCAGAGAGGCCACACUGGGGAAAGGCCUUAUGGGUGCAGUGAGUGUGGGAAGUCUUUUAGUCAGACCUCCACCCUUACUCAACACCAGAGAACAGUUCACACUGGAGAAAAACCUUCUGAGUGCAACGAAUGUGGGAAGUCCUUUCGACCAAACUACCAACUAACUGAACACAAGAAGAUUCACAGUGGAGAAAGGCCUUAUGAAUGUAGUGAAUGUGGUAAAUCCUAUAGCAGAAAUUCCAGCCUUACACAUCAUCGGAGAGUUCACAUUGGAGUUAGCUCUUAUGGGUGUGGUGAAUGUGGGAAAUUAUUUCGCCAAAGGUACAUUCUUUUUCAACACCAAAGAAUCCACACAGGAUCACACCCUUAUGAAUGUGGAGAAUGUGGGAAAUCAUUGCAUGAUCCUUCCAGCCUCCUUCAACAUCAAAGAGUCCACACUGGAGAAUGGCCUUAUAGGUGCGCUGAGUGUGGGAAGUUAUUUAGGAAAAACUCCCAUCUUACUGCCCACAAGAUCAUUCAUACUGGAGAAAGGCCAUAUGAAUGCCAUGAAUGUGGAAAGUCCUUUAGCUGAAGCUAUACCCUCAGUCAACACCAGAGAACUCACAUAAGGUCGAGUCCCUACGUGUGUGGAGAAUGCUGCACUCCACGAAAUCUGGGUGCGAGCCUUUCAAGAGAAGCAAAGCCCGCUCCGCCCUCGGUGUCCCAGGCUAUGCCGUUUGACCAGAGUGAGAACGCGGGACCCUCCCGGAGACCUAAGUCGUAG